AUGCACUCUUUUGUUUCUAAUUAUUUUUAUGGACCAGAAUUAUGGUCUUCUUUUCUUCUCAUGUGUGGUGUGAUUAUAGGGAAUCAACUGGAGUUAGGAGCAUCGUCCCAGCUUGACUUGGAAGCAAAUGCUAUACUCAAUAGUGGAUGGUGGGAAUUGUACGACAAUAUCUCCAAUCGCUGUAUGUGGAAUGGUAUAGUUUGCAACGACGCUGGAAGCAUAACAAAAAUCCAAUCCCGGGAAUCAAAGAGAGUGGUUGAAUUUGAAAAACUCAACCUCUCAGCUUUCCAUAAUUUAGAAAAGCUUGAUCUCUUGGGAAUUGGAAUACGAGGGACUAUCCCACCAGAAAUUGGUAGUCUGUGCAAACUCACUUAUCUCGAUUUGUCCAACAAUCAACUAAUAGGUGAGAUACCACCUUCACUAGGAAAUCUUAGGCAGUUACAUACCCUAAUCCUCGCUCGCAAUGACAUUAAUGGCUCCAUUCCUCACGAGUUGGGGUUCCUCAAAAAUCUUGUUACACUUGAUCUAUCUAAUAACAUGAUAAGUGGGAACUUGCCUAUUUCGCUUACGAAUCUCACUCGACUAGAAAAGCUUGAUAUUUCCAGCAAUCUACUAGUAGGUUCCAUCCUUUCUAAUUUAGAUCAAUUAACCAACUUGCAAGAGUUGAGGCUAAAUCGUAACUCCAUCAGUGGGAACAUAGUACACUUGUUAGCUGAAAGCCCUGCGAUGCUAACCGCUAUUGACCUCAGUUACAAUGACAUUAGUGGCGAAAUACCAUCACAGAUUGGAUAUUUUCCAAACUUAACCAUUUUGGAUCUAAGUUUCAAUAAUCUCACAGGAAUGGUUCCCCGAAGUCUCAUUCAUGUUCAUUUCGUGGUGGACAUGUCCUAUAAUUAUUUGAAGGGUCCAAUUCCAGAUGGCUUCAGCCCUUAUGCGCUAAUAGGCAACAUUGAUGUAUGUAGCGACAAUUCGCAUUAUCAACGGGCAUUCAAAUUUCAACCUUGUUCAUCUUACAGCAAAACAAGCAUGAAAGUAAAACAAUAUCUAGUCAUAGUUAUUCCCAUCAUUAUUUUGCUAAUCGCCGCCCUCUUACUGCUUGUGUAUCUGAAACUGCGUAAAGGUGCAACAAAGAACAAACAUGCAAACACAGCAGCAACUAAGAACGGGGAUUUCUUCUGUAUAUGGAAUUAUGAUGGAAGCAUUGCAUAUGAAGACUUAAUUAGAGCUACAGAGGACUUUGACAUGAAAUUUUGCAUUGGAACAGGAGGGUAUGGGAGUGUUUACAAGGCACAAUUGCCUAGUGGCAAGGUUGUUGCCUUGAAAAAACUCCAUGGUUUUGAAGCAGAGGUGCCGGCUUUUGAUGAGAGUUUCAGAAAUGAAGCGAGAAUCUUAUCAGAAAUAAAGCACCGACAUAUUGUGAAGCUUUAUGGAUUCUGCUUGCACAAAAGUAUCAUGUUUUUGAUAUAUGAGUACAUGGAGAAUGGAAGCUUGUUUUCUGUGCUGUAUGAUGAUGUUGAAGCAAUGGAAUUGGAUUGGAGAAAGAGGGUUAACAUUGUUAAAGGCAUUGCAAAUGCUCUUUCAUAUCUUCAUCAUCAUUGUUCCCCUCCAAUAGUACAUAGAGACAUAAGUAGCAGCAAUGUUUUACUGAAUUCAGAGUGGCAACCCCGUGUUUCUGACUUUGGCACAGCCAGACUCCUCCAACAUGAGUCAUCCUAUCGAACUAUAGUUGCUGGAACCAUUGGAUAUAUAGCUCCAGAGCUUGCCUAUACUAUGGUUGUGAAUGAAAAAUGUGAUGUCUAUAGCUUUGGAAUGGUGGCACUUGAAACUUUAGUGGGAAGGCAUCCUAAGGAAAUACUGUCAUCACUUCAAUCAGCAUCUACUAAUGCCAUCACAUUAUGUGAAGUACUGGAUCAACGCCUUCCACAUCCAGAUAUGGCAGUUUUACUUGACGUAGUUCGUGUUACCAUAAUAGCAUUUGCAUGCUUAAAUCCCAAUCCUUGCUCUCGGCCAACAAUGAACUACGUGUCUCAAUGUUUUCCAACUCAGCCAAAACCAUUAAGCAUUCCUUUGGGUAAAAUUUCAUUGCAGCAGCUCAUGAAUGAAGAGUUCAAGAAUUAUUUAUAG